AUGUCAGGGAAAACUGGAAUCAAGGCAUCUGAUAAGACAAUCGGACCAGAGACUUGCAAUGUUGAUAAUGCGAAUAUCGUGACAGGAACGAGAAUGCGGAAUCCAGUUCCGCGCUCUUCGAUAAUGAGCGGGGAUGUGAGUAGUGAUGAGGAGGAGGAAUUUGAGGAGGAGGAAGUUGAAGAUCCUCCGUCGCGUAAAAGAAUAACAAAUCAAACGCCGAUGUCAGUUAUUAACAGACGAACUCAAGAUCACACGGCCGAGGACGAAGAUGAGGACUCUGAACCUUUACCCGUAAAGUCUGUGGGGCCAAUGAAGAAGAAUGUCAGUUCGGAAAAUAUCGCUAGCAGGACAAGACGAGCGUCUGAAGCUGAAGUUAUUACUAUUUCCAGCCAUGAUGAAGGAGAGGCGUGUCCUCCCAAAGGCGGUUCAAAAACUUUUGAAUCCCAAGGAGAAACCGCUGUCAAGGAGCCAAAAAGACGAGCGUCGAGAACUAGCAUUGUAUCUCUUUCCAUCGAUGACAACAUAUCCGACGCUCCUCCCAAAUUUGGAAAAAAUACGUUUGGUAUUCACAAAGGCAACUUGAUCAAGGGGCCAAGAAAGCGAAAUUCAGAAACUGGUGGCCUCGCUCAAAAUAUGAAGUCCAAAAAGGGAAGUCUAGAGCAAGGGCUAUCCAUUAAAACUGGUUCAAAGACCUCUAAUUUAAGUAGUGAAUAUACCGUCGCGGUGUCGACGAGGCGUAAAUCGGAAGCUAGCGGCUUUGCCCCAAAGGCUGGUGCCAUGAGUGAAGCCAAAACCAGGAAAUUCCCCUCCAAACUUGAUCUCAACACGGUCCGUGAUUUUGCAAACGUCUCCACCGCGCCGAGAAUGCAAUCAUCGAGAUCUAGUUAUUCUUCCCGAAAGGCCGGUGACUCGCCUGCAUUGAUCGGGAGCUCCUUUUCUAAGAUUAGUCUUGAGAAUGUUACAGGAGGGAAGAGAAGGAGAAAUUUUGGCUCGUAUGGAGGUGGUUCACUGAUCAGCUCUGAGGAUGAGGAUGAGGGAAGUUUGGGAGUGCGAGGAACGAGGGUUCGAGAGGAGGAUCUGGAAGAAGAGGAGUCGCAAGAGGGAGAGGAUAUUCAACACCGUCCUAAACCUCUUCAUACCGCCGUGGACAGACUAAGGACAAACACCGUCAUUUCCGAAAUGGCAGGACCAGAAACAAGAAGAAACAACCCCCCAAACAUACCCCUCGAAACGGACAAAACAUACACCUCUCCCUCCUGGCCCGAUACCGUGGACCUGAUCGAACACCGCACCAGAAGAGGCCUCAUCGUUGGCUGGCACGUCCAAUAUCCCCAACAGCGUGACGGACUCCGCAUUGAAGCAAGACUAGGCACCGCAACGACCGAAAUCUAUUUCUUGCCCAUCACACCUAGACGCGAUAAUCCUUUCAAGGGAGAGAUCAACGGGCUUCUCAAACGUAUUGGGGAUGGUGGACAUGAGGUCGAUUCGGCAGAUGUGUUGUUGGAUCCUCAGUUGUUUCCCCGGUUUGAUUAUGGGGAGUUGCAGACUGUGGGUGGUGAGAAGAGACAGGAGGCUAUGGAUCGGCUGCUGGACAUUUUCAUGGAGAGUGAGGGAUAG